AUGGCUUUAUCACUCUCUGCUCUAUUGGGCUUGAUAUGGCAGAAGCGAAGCUUGCCAUCGUCACAAUUCUCGUCCAUAAGCCUCGGCACCGUAAUCGAUGACGGUGAUAAUGACCACACUGCCAUACCAGCUUCACGACUUCAUCGGCGGAAAUGUAACUUCCGGCUAAAGAGAGCGCUCUGUGGUACUCUUCUCAUAAUUAUCCUUUUGUUGGCCUACAAGCCACUGAUCACCCAACUUCGCCGGUUUCGCUUUCGCCGGGACCUUAACCGAUAUGACAUUGGUUUCGAAGGGUUUGCUCCCUCACGGGACUAUCACAGUUUCCAACUUGAUUCACCCAAGCUAGCAUUUAUUCAAACCGAUGCCCGUUGCAAUCGCGACUAUAUUUUCCUCGCGCCAAACGGGGCUUCUAUCCCAAAACCGGGACCGGUGAUCCUUGAUGCUGAUGGAGAGUUGAUCUGGCGGAUGUGGGAAGGAUUGGAAGGAGUGACGCAGGACUUUAGAGUGCAGCGGUACAAGGACGAAGACUUUUUGACAUUCUGGGUGGGAAAUGAGAUUGACGGGAAGAAACAAGGUCAUUGGUACAUGCUUGACUCGUCUUACAAAGUCCGAUAUACCCUCUCCCCUGCUGGAAACUUCACCACGGGGGAUAUGCAUGAGUUCCACCUCACCCCCGAAGGAACGGCACUUGUCGUGGUUUAUGACGCAAUUCCAGCCGACUUGAGCUCGGUUGGAGGACCACUUGACGGCUGGAUUUUGGACGGAGUGGUUCAGGAGAUUGACAUUGAGACUGGAGGCCUUCGCUUUGAGUGGCGCGCAUCGGAACACUUCUCCGUUGAGGAUACGUUCCAUGGCCUUGCCGGCUGCCAGGAAACAGAUGCUGCUGCCUUUGCCGGAUGUGGCAACUCGCCAACGUCCAGUUUUGACUUUUUUCAUUUAAACAGUGUGGAGAAGGACCAGUUAGGAAACUAUCUAGUCUCGAGCCGGUAUACUCACACUAUCAGUGGGGUCAGCGGGAAAGAUGGGAGUCUUCUUUGGACAUUAGGGGGGAAAUCCAACCAGUUUCAGGACCUUUCCGCUAAUGGAUCAGCAACCUCUUUUGCCUGGCAGCAUCAUGCCCGCUGGUAUGGCAGUAGCAGUAUUACGCUGUUUGAUAACGCCGUUGAGGAUAACUCUGACACGUCAAUAGAGAGUCGAGGACUCAUCAUUGACCUGGAUAUCGAGAAGCGACAAGCCAACGUCCGUGCAGAAUUCCUGCACCCUCAAAAGAUGGAAGCCGUGUCUUUAGGCAGCAUGCAAAUCCUGGAAGGUAGCGAGAACAUUUUUAUCGGAUGGGGCCAUAGUGCCGCUUUUACGGAGUUUGCUCCCGAUGGAAGUGUGCUCUGUGAUUUCCAUUAUGGCCCAUCGGCAUUGAAUACAUUUGGCCGAUUAAAGUCAUACCGAGUGUUUCGGGGCAGGUGGGUCGGAUAUCCGACUGAGCCGAUAAACGUUGCCGUUAACAAAAACGCGAUGUACGUCAGCUGGAACGGGGCGACAGAGGUAGACCGCUGGCAAUUAGAAGUACAGCGGGAUGACAGGGCCGGAUUUGAUACUGCCUCUCAAUUUUUCAAGACUGGCUUCGAGACAAAGAUCAUGAUUCCACCUUCACUCCAACUGGGAUCCUUGAUACGCAUUCAAGGGCUGGAUUUCGAGGGUAACGUCCUCGGGUCGUCGGAUGUUGUGGAAAUUGCGGCGCAAAAAGAGAUAUCAUCAUUCUCUGUUAAUGUUUUGAUAAUUUUUUUUGGAGCGAUGAUCCUGGCUGCCGUGAUUUAUUUUGUGAGAAGGCGACGAAUUGGACGGCCACAGGACCAUGACCAAUAUCAGCUACUCCCAGUUUCGAACUAG